ACUCAUCCCUCUAGCUCUGAACAGGAACAGGCCAUGCUCAACCAAAGCUCCCCAGUGGGAUUCCUCCUUCUGGGCUUCUCUGAACACCCAGGGCUAGAAAAGAUUCUCUUUGUGGUUGUCUUAACUUCCUACCUCCUCACCCUGGUGGGCAACACACUCAUCAUCCUGCUGUCAGUGCUGGACCCCAGGCUCCACUCUCCAAUGUACUUCUUCCUCUCCAACCUCUCCUUCUUGGACCUCUGCUUCACCACAAGUUGUGUCCCCCAGAUGCUGGUCAACCUCUGGGGCCCCAAGAAGACCAUCAGCUUCCUGGGCUGCUUCAUCCAGCUGUUCAUCUUCCUGUCCCUGGGGACCACUGAAUGCAUCCUCCUGACAGUGAUGGCCUUUGAUCGCUAUGUGGCUGUCUGCCAGCCCCUCCACUACGCCACCAUCAUCCACCCCCGCCUGUGCCUGCAGCUGGCAGCUGUUGCCUGGAUCAUCGGAUUGGUGGAGUCAGUAAUCCAGACACCAGCCACCCUCCACCUACCCUUCUGUCCCCACCAUCAGGUGGAUGAUUUUGUGUGUGAGGUCCCAGCUUUAAUUCGGCUCUCCUGUGGGGACACCACCUACAAUGAGAUCCAGAUGGCUGUAGCCAGUGUCUUCAUUUUGGUUGUGCCACUCAGCCUCAUCCUUAUCUCUUAUGGUGCCAUUACCCGGGCAGUGUUGAGGAUUAACUCUGCAAGGGGCAGGAGGAAAGCUUUUGGGACCUGCUCCUCCCACCUCAUUGUGGUUACCCUCUUCUACAGCUCAGUCAUUGCUGUCUACCUCCAGCCCAAAAAUCCCUAUGCCCAAAAGAGGGGCAAGUUCUUUGGCCUCUUCUAUGCAGUGGGUACUCCUUCACUUAACCCACUCAUAUACACUCUGAGGAACAAGGAGGUAAAGAGGGCAUUCAGGAGGUUGCUGGGGAAGGAAGUGGAGCCCAGACAAAACUGAGUGCUGAUCAAUCUGCU